ACCGAAGAGCCCGCUGGCGGUGCCUCGGCCAACCUCUUCGUUGGUAACCUUUCGUGGAAUGUGACCGAGGACUGGCUCCACCAGGAGUUCGAGGGCUUUGGUGAUCUCACUGGUGUGCGCAUCAUGACCGAGCGUGACACUGGCCGCUCUCGCGGAUUCGGAUACGUCGAAUUCUCCAACAACGUCGACUCCGCCAAGGCCUACGAGGCCAAGAAGGGCACUGAGAUUGACGGCCGUACGAUCAACCUUGACUACGCCACUGGCCGCCCGGCCAACAAGGACGCCGGUGGUAAGGACCGGGCUCAGGCUCGCGCCCGUUCUUUCGGUGACCAGGCCAGCCCCGAGAGCGACACCCUUUUCCUCGGCAACCUUCCCUUCAGCGCCACCGAGGACUCGAUCAGCGAGGUGUUCGGAAACAGCGGUAGCAUCAUGGGCAUUCGCCUGCCCACCCACCCCGACUCCGGCCAGCCCAAGGGCUUCGGUUACGUUCAGUACGCUUCCGUCGAGGAGGCCCGCCAGGCCUUCAACGACUGCAGCGGUGCCGAGAUUGACGGCCGCCCGGUUCGUCUGGACUUCAGCGCUCCCCGUGCCAACAACGGCGGCGGUGCUCCCCGCGGUGGCGGCGGUCCUCGCGGUGGUGGCCGCGGAGGUCGUGGCGGCCGUGGAGGCUUUGGCGGACGCGGCGGCGGUGGUCCUCCCAACCGUGGCCGUGGCUCCAUCCCUGAGUACAAGGGAACCAAGGUGACCUUCUAA